UUUUCAUGUCGAAAGUCAUGACCCAAGCUGUUGGUGGUACUGCACUAAACUCAUCAAAAACGUGACUUAUACCACGUGACUUGCAGAAUUUAAUGAGGAGAGUAAUCGGAAAGCAUUAACUUUGAAUAUGAGUGCCGUAAAACCACAAUAUAACUAUAUUUUAGAGCUUAAGCCUUAUUUUGGAAUGUAAACACCUUAAACACGUGCAUUUGGUGGCUGAAAUGAAGAAGUGUUACGCAAUAGGAGAUUGAUGGAGAUAAAGACUAACGAUCAAUUAAAGCCGCACAUGCACGACUCUUUGAAAAGGCGAUUGGAAAGUCGUUUUAAAUCAGGAAGCAUUUCAUUGCGGCUGGUUCCAAGCUGCUGUUUUUCUCGCUGACAUAAGUAAUGUUUUUAAGCGAAAAUCAAAACAGGUACUAACAACUUAAGAUGCCUGGGAAUAUAUAAGUGUAAGCAGAGAAACUGUAAAGCUGUCAACAUGAGAAGAACGCCUUUAUUUACUUUUUAUUUGAAAAGGACAUAACGACGUGCAGAGUGUGUCAUACUUCACAAAACUAAAAUGAAUUUAACGUUUUCUGAUGCAAGGAUAGUACUAUAUCAUUAGGAUUAUGGGUAGAUGCAGUUGGACUAUUCCAGUUAUCAUUGUUUUAUUUCUCAGCUGCUGUCGAUGCCUUGAAGAGUUGUUGGAAUCAUCACUGCCAUUCCUUAUCCUCAAUGACACGCGGCAAACAUCGGGCAGCACACCGAGCAUAAAAGAAACGCUAUCACCGUAUAAAGAACCUUACAAAGUACCCCUAUCACCGACACUCAGCUUAACUUCAGAAAUCAUUUACGACAAAGGCAGAACUACUUUAAUUCCUCAUAUAAUAGAAUCCAAUCCUACGGAGUUGACAAAGGAUAUAUCCUCAAAAUACAAGGAUUUAAUAUCACCCACUUUAAGCAUAAUUUCUACAUAUGACAAAGAUGCAAUCAAUUCCAGUACCAUCCUUCAAAAACAGGACUCCAGUGUUGGACUAUGGACAACGUACGCACCUAUUUAUAAAGAACAAAUUACACAUGCUACGAGGAAAAUAUUAGAAAGUACGGAUGAGAUAAGUGAAGUCAAUUUAAAGUUGAUAUCCAAAAGAAUCGUGGAUACUACUCCAAGUCUAGAGUCAACGGAUAUACAGUCACAGUAUAGAGAACAAGUAUCACCUACAAUCAGUGCAACCUCAGAAAUUACUGAACAAACCAUUUCAAAGUUAGUCCCUCAAAAUUCUAUAGCAUUUCAAAAGCUACAAACAGCCGAUAAACUUUCACGGUAUGCGUAUUUGAAAUCAAAUACAAUCAGUACAACAACGCAGACUAUAUAUGGAGAAUAUUUGUUGAAAUUAAUAUCCACUGAACAAAAUCAUAUGACGCCUCCUGAUAAAUCUUCAUCAGGAUUUCCUACUUCCAAAUUUCAACAUAGUGAAACCGAAACAAAGACUAAAAUAACAGCAGAGGCAUGGAUGGUGAAUAUGCACAAUGCCUCACCCCAACCCCUCAAAACUGAAUCAUUAACAUUACCGAUUCUUACUUCAUCAAUUAUGAAAGAAGACACGUCAGAGCAAGUCCAUAGUCUAGAGUUGUCAUUGUGGAGUCUUAAUUUCUCCAGUAUCUCAUCAGUUUAUGAAAUCAUAUCCGAAAACACCAAGACAACAGCAUCAAGUUCAGUCUUUUUGAUGACGCAAAAUCCUUCCUCUUCAAUACCAUCACCGUCAUCAUUGAUUCAAACGAGUCCGACAUCAUCCAAAAAAAUGAUUCACAAUGAGGCUCAGACAGUAAACCUGCUUUCCGAAUUGUAUUCUGAUUCGGAAUUAUCACAUGAGACGCUUAUAUCUAUAACUACUUCAACAUCACAUAACUUUAUUUCUCCGUCCAGGACACAAGUGAUGGAAACAGAAUUUUCUCCAGGAGUUACAGAGCAUGCGUCAUCUAUAUUAAUGUCUAAUGUUCCCUAUGACAUUCAAAGCCAAUCUUAUGAUGAGGUGCAAGAAAUAAAAGAUGACCCCAAAACUUCGAAAGAAAAAACAUUGACGACACCCAAAGAUGAAAAAGCUGUUCUGACUUCGUCAAUUAUCACACAGAAACAAUUUGAUUUCGACACAUCGUCUCUCAACUCUGUCUCUCAUGUCAUUGAACCUUCUUUUGACAUGAACUCAGAAAUUCUCUCUGAUUUUACCUCUGCUUCUGAAGCAAAGGCAUCAUAUUUUGGAAUUCUGAAAAAGGAAAAACUUGUGGACUUUACAGAACAGAAAAAAUCAAAAUCUCCUGUUGUGACCUCCGAAUAUUUGGAAACAAGUGAAUCGAUUUCUUUUAAACCUUCAAUUGAAACGAAUUUUCUAGAAAGAAAUAGCAGUGUAUUUUCUAUACCUAAAACAAACUUCACAGAAAAUAUUGACAAUAUUAAAGUAUCCUUGGUAACAAAGUCUCUAAAAACGAAUCAGAGUAAUCAUAAUUCUUUCCAAGAAAAAAGAUCAUCAUCCAAAGUUUUCAUGACAGAUCUUCCAUACUACACAUAUGAAAAUGAUCUUAACAGUUCAAAUCCUUUUAAGUCUUAUCGAUCUUCCACUACCCCGUAUUCAACGGGGCUACCGAAAUUUUCUUCCAUAGAAAGAUCAUUUAAAUAUGAAUCUUAUCCUAUCUCAAUUCAUCCUAGCAAAGAAAAAUUUACUUUACCUAGAACAACUUUUUAUUACGGAUUAAAGCCUUAUAGUCAAGAACAUUCAAAAAUGAAAGAAAUUCAAGACAGGAUUGAAGCCCAGUCACAAACAAAAACGUCUGCCAGAAAAAUCAGAAAGUUUGCAUACACACAAACAACUCAUGGACUAAGUGGGAGUGAGGCAGAGAACAUUGAUGUGCAUGACUUCAUCUCCAUACCUUCUUUAAAAUAUACUGAUUCAGAUCACCAGAUAGCGUCCACUUUUAAUACAGAUAGUGUUUACGAACAUGAAAAUGAUUCAUUAAAACUCUCUAUGGAUUUACAUACAACGUACAUAGAAGAAAAUAACGCAACAAUAUCCUCAAAUCAACUGCUAAAUGACUCAAAUUCAAUAGCUACUGGCAGUGAUCAGGAAUCAAUAGAGGCAAUUGUUCCAUCAUCUGAACCCACUUUUGAGAUUUUUCAUUCAUUGAGUGACAAACUAGUCUUACAAGAAAUUGCAUCUACAUCACAACACGAGACAUCGUAUUUAAGUUUAUUUCCGUCUCAGGAUUCUUCUUCACAACCAGAACUGCAAUCAUCUUAUACCUUGGUACAAGGUGGUUCGACGUUCUGGACCACCAAUACUGAACCUUUGUCGACAGUGAAUGAUAAAAUAGAUAGAGCUUUGAUACCUUCAACAUCUCAAACAAGAGUGAAAGCCCUUGCUGCCGUUAGUAAACAAACUCAAAAUCAGAUAAAGUCCUUUAUCUCUCACGCUUUCUCAUCACUAACUAAUCAAACGCAAACGGUGAGAUCAGCACAGAGCGGAAUACACACAGCUUGGUUUGAAAGUAAUGUAAGCUUUGAUAACUUUAACACAUCUCAGCAUAAGUCGCUGGAUAGUGACAAGGAAAAUCAAUCAAAAAGCGAGUAUCAUACAUUUUUGUCUAACCAAAAUGUAGGCACUUCUAACUUUUUUACUUCAACUCAGUUCCGUUUAGAAGAUGCCAUUUCAUCUUUAAUUCGCCCAACUCCAUCAACAGCCUACGAUGUUAAUACUACCCAGCCACCCAAAUUCAACUCCAAUAAUGUGGUAGUACAGGUAGAAACAAAUGAUAAAUCAAACAACAAAAUCCUCACUUAUAAAACACCAACACCUAGUUCAGCCUCAAACAGUAUGGACUAUGUAUCCACUGUAUUCAGUACAAUACUGAUGCAAGGGGAUAGGAAAACUUUAACUUCUGACAACGAGAAGAAAAAUGUUGUGCAAACAAGCGAGUCGUCAGGUAUAUUAUAUUCUUCGAUGGAGAAUCAAUAUGAAUACUCGUCAAUGUCUCAAACAGAAAUCUCAAUAGCUUUGACAAUUUUGUCAGUCAGCUCAAAUGUAGGGAUUUUUGACAGUUCUUUAUCAUCAACAGAAAUAGUGCAAAUGCCAAAUAAUUUAGACACUUCGUACAGUUCACCAAUGUUGAAUGAUGUGCAGUCGACAUUUAUAGAUCAUUGGAGUGUUUUCCAAACCCCCACAUCACACAUAUCAAAAGAAAUGGUAUCAAAACAAACCCUUCAAGAUACUAGCACUAGCAAUUCAUCUAAAGGAGGAUUAGAAUUUCCUACUACGUUGCAAUCAUCCAUAUUUAGACUUGAGACGACCACCUCAAAUUCUGCAUUGAUUUCAGAUAUGUUUCAGAUAUCGUCAGAUGUCCAUUAUAUAACAGAGGAUUUUCAAAACCUCACUAUGGCAAAAGCAUCUAUGGCGAAAGAAAAUUUAAUUAACAUGGAUUCAUCUUCAAUUUUAGAAAACUCUGCUGUUGAUUCUGAAAGUCCUCGUCCAUCUCUUCAUUCGUCAUUCACACACAGAUUAUCUACUUCCAUGGGAGAACAAUUUUACUCGUCUUCCCGUACAAGGCAAUCACUUCACGACUCUAAUAUCAUUGUUACAUCAGCAAUUGACAUUGAUAAACAUAUAUUUGAAAUCAAUAGUUUUGUACGAUCUCAAUUUACAUCUGAGUCGGACUCACACAUUAACAGUGCAUCUAUUGCAGAGUCUUCCCAGAUCUUCACUAUGACCAAUGUUUCAGUGUUUCAUGAAACUUAUGAACAUAAUAUAUCUUCGAAUAGAAUUGAUUCUUCGUUGUCCAAACACACAACAUUUUCAUCUCUGAUAGAUGAAAAUGAUGUCGCUGACGUAAAAUAUUUUACAACAUCAUCAAACUACAAUCCUGCAAUAUCUCAACUAAUUGUUUCAUCUCUAUUGAGUUCAUUAGAAUUUGAAACCACUUUUACACCAGGUCAUGUUUAUUUCCCAUUGACUUUGUCGAGAACACGCAAAUUUAAUGAGGAAACAACUUUGCAUUCCUUGGACAUGUUUUCUUCGGAAACCGAGAAAUUGUCAUCUACUGUAUUGCCAGUUACAAGCAUAAUCGAACAGGAACUGAGAUCAAUUACGUCUAGUGGGUAUAAUUAUUCAGCAACAAACAGUGCAGAAGUGAAGCAAGAAAGAGGGAUAAGUCGCGUUGAUAUCUUACCAUUAAGCGUUUCUGUAGCUUUCUCUGGAAGUAUUAACGAAUUUGACACAACUGGAAGCGCCUUCUCUACAGAAAGGCAUAGUCCAACAGUACAAUUUACCACUAUCACAUCAUCUGAAAAAACUGAAUCCGAAACACAUGACGUAGAGAGCAAUGCCAACUAUUCAAAAGAAAAAGAGAAAAUUCUUAGUACUUCUUUAGCGAUUAAACCAUCUUUGUCAGUGCUUGAUACAUCCUCUAGCUCUAUCAUGGUAUCUCUUUUUGCAGAAACAAACCUUUUGGUCUUGGAAAUCAACGUUAAACCAGAAAUAGAUAUUUCUAAUGAUGACUUUAAAUCCAAUUUAGAAGAAGACCUCACUACUGUUUAUAUAGAAGGUUUGCACGGUCGGAGAAAGAGAAAUUCAAUAAGACAUUCUACACGUCAAGUACAAGAUACGGGAAUUUCAGUAAAGGUCAGAGAGAUCGAUCGCAAGUUCGGAGAACGAGUGAAAAUAAUUUUUCUCGUUAUGUAUAAUGGAAUUGUCGUACAUGCUUCAUUGGCAGAAUUGACGUUUCAGAAAGUAUCAGACGUCGAAAUGAGUGCCAUAUUGGGCUAUCCGGUUAUAGUUUCUGUUUCGCGUUGGAACGCUGGAUCAACAUCACCACCUAACCCUGGUGGAUGGGAAGAGAUCUUUCAACCUCUAGUAAUAGUACUUAUCACAUUGCCGACUUCUAUUGUCAUCAUUGCAACAAUCAUAGCAAUCGUCAGACAGUGCCGCUCAAAAUCUAUACAUAAACACCCAUCAAUCCCGAGUCAGAUGGACUCAUUGUACAAACAUAACCUCGUUGUGGAUGUUGAAAAUGGUGACGUCAGGAACAGGAGGAUUUCCUAUGAAUAUCCUUCCGAUGACGAGUUCAGCAUGGCGUCUUCCGACGUAUUCAAUGAAAUCAAAAGCAAAUAUUCCCAGUCCAUGCAUUCCAAGAUUAAAAAUUUCGAAAAACAUAAUCUCAAAAAUCACUUCCACAAUCACGUAGAGAGAAAAGCAAGCGAUGCUUUAACAAACAAAGUUAAAUUCAGUGUAAGUGCGGAAGAUAGCAAAUGUGUAUGUGUUAAGACAGACAGCAAUGAGUCUAACGACAGUGGAGUGAGCAGUGAUGGACAGAAAUCACCGGGUGAAGGGCCAGAUGUCCCCUGUUUAAUACCCGAAAGAGUGUCUCAAAUAACAAGCGCAAAUGUGCCACAAAAUCUAAAACAGCAAAACAAUUUGCAAAUUCCUCCAAGAAAUAUAUCCUUACAAAAUCCAUAUCCUGUAAAAAAGAAAACAAAUAUAAAAAAUUUGAACAGUGAACGUGUGACUUCGUGGGUUUUCAUGGGUGACAACACAGACGCUCCAAACAAUCGUGUUCAUCAUGAAAUUUCAGGGGUCAGCAAAACUAAUGAAAAUAUAUUAGAAAAUGACAGUGUGACUCAAGUCACUCAUGAUUUCAAUCACAUUCCAUCUAUGUGUGAUAACGAAUGCCAAACCUCAGACCAGCCAUCAGACUCUGGUGUUCAGGAUCAUAUUUACGAAACUCUUAACCGAAAUGAUUCAGUGAAAGAGGAAAAGACGGAACAAUCCUCCAUGACCCAGACCGAAUCAGGAACUAGCGGCUCAGACGGUUUUGAGUAUUUGGAGCCGCUCAGACAACUAUUAAUGGCUGUAGAAAAUCACAGACGACGUAAUCCGCCUGUCAGUCAAUUCCUCCAGGAGGAAAACGUCUUACAAAGGUGCAUUCAUGGAUUCUGUAAUAUGGGGAACUGCCAUGCAAAUUGUUCUCCAGUCAGUGUACCGUCACGAUAUGGAGAAGAAAUAGGAGAAUGUGCAAAGAAAUGUAACUGUGAAACUCCUAUCUCAGCCAAACAGGCACAGGAAACACGAGCUGGUGCUGAUCAUGUGUGCAAUGAGAGACAACUCGUCACGGAACAAUUAAACCCAAGCAAAGAGUUGUUACGCCGACCUGUUGUGCUUAGUGACACAAAAGAGGCAUGUAUUUAUGAUCAACCAGAAUUUUCCCUUGUUGGUUUUACAAACUCUGCUGAAAUUUAAACAUUCUGAAUGUUUUGGUGUAAUUCUAUUAUACCUUCCUGGUCUUUCACUUUCUCUUUUUUCACUGACAAUAUUCUGCAACAUUCUAUGGUUAUUUAAUGCAAAAAUUGUUAUGUUAUACCAAACAAAAUAAAUUAUUUUAAUUCAUCUAAA